GUUAUCCUAGAUACCGGCGGUCUACUUAAAGUUCAAUAGUUUCUUGGUCGUCAUGCGUAGGACAGACUCGCCAAUUACUUCAAACGGUUAUAGAAACAGCGUAUCACCCAGGAGUCGUCGAUACAGUCGGUCUCGAUCUCGUUCCAAAUCACACUCGCGUCGCUACAGGAGUCGCAGCGGAAGUCGUGACUUUUAUCGUCGCAGCCCUGGCUACGGAUAUAGAAGUUCCGGCCGAAAGUAAGUCUUACAUCCUUCCAAGCAUGUUACUUCACAUCUCACACAUGCACACUCAUUUUACGUAAUUUUCUUGAAAUUGUGUAACAGUUUGACCAAAAUUCAUGUAGUUUACCGAUUCCCCAUCAUCCAUCUUAGACCUGCUCAUAAAUUCUCUUUUGUCCAUUUCGGACCCGCCAAGUCGUUGUUCUAACUGUACCAUACUUCCGAUAGUUGUCAGCUUUUUGAAAUCAACAGCCCAUACCCUACAGAUGUGCAAAUCCUUUUCCAGAUGGCACUAGAACGAUCAGUUGACUUCCUAUGAUACUAAUAAUCAGUUUAUAAUUACUUGUGUGUGUAUAUGCGUUACCUACUUUGAGAAGUUAAUCAUGUUACGCGCACAAUCACUAACAAAUCAACACAAGAAUUCAUCUCUAUAAUAGUUCAAAACUGAUUUUCCUAUUUCGGGAUUCACAAGGAAAACCGGCGGGAUCAUCAUUUGUGAACGAACCAGUCAGAUAUAAGAUAACGAAACGCAAUUUCUUGCGCGAAAUUUAUUCAUACAUUGGACUAAGUAGAGUUUUGGCAUCAUAGGUGAUUCCAAUUCGUGAAGAAAACCGAUCAAUAGAAAUUGACCUUUUUAAUUGCUUCUUACCCUCGGUCGUAAUCGUUGAGUGUACAUUCUCAAGCGUCGCUCAAACAUUGUCCAUAAAUUAUACUCUCAAUUCAAUGAUUUUCCUUAACGUGGUUCUCAUCCCAGUUUAUCUAACAAUAUUCCUAAAGUUGUGAAAUUUCACGUCUUCUGUCAGUCAGUAUUGUUAUAUGUUAUUGUCCUUGCUAGCCUUUGCACACUAAUCUCUUUAAUCUACACUCGCUUAAGCGUUAUAGCGGUACUCAAACUCGAGAUAUUUAACUAAAGCAUACUAUUUCGAGAUGAUGUUUGCAAUUUUCCUAUGAUUAAGUAAUUAUGUUUAUCUAUUGGUUAGUCGUAGAAGGCGAAACCUGGAAUGUGUGUUACAUCAAAUUAGUAUACCAAGAUUAUACUAUGGAAACAAUUCUCAAACUAGUGCGAUUGGUAGAAAAGACCUUAAAAUAUACGAAAUCUUGAUCAGCAGUUACUAUAAUUAUGCGGACAGAACUGCAUAGGCCCACAUGCCUCAAUCCCGUUGUAAACAAACUAAUGUAACCUCUUAAUUGUUCUAGAAAAUCUCAUCAACCCAUGUUGAGUUUGUCUGACCACUGUUCGGGUCACUUUCUGGCAUCCAUACUACACAGCAAUUUACUGUAUUUCUCCGUAGAUAAAAGACAAAUGGCGUGUGAGCGUAUGAGACCUGUUUUUCAUGAUAAGUGUCUUCGAGACAAGUCAUGCAGUAUGACCGAAAAAGUCGGUCAUAUUACUCGUCUUGCUCUGUUGUUUCAUUUCAGGAGGUUUCUUGGGCCGCGAGAAAAUCCUACUCCUUCCAGGUGUCUUGGUGUCUUUGGUUUAUCCCUUCAUACCCAAGAAAGAAACCUUUACGAUAUUUUUUCGCAGUAUGGAAAUAUUGAAGAUGUUCAAUUAGUCUUCGAUAACUACACAGGUCGCUCUCGUGGAUUUGGUUUUGUAUAUUUCACUCACGUCGCUGACGCAAAAGCUGCAAAGGCCGAUGCGCAUGGGAUGGAAAUUGAUGGACGACCUAUUAGGUGUGAUUUCAGCAUAACCGAACGACCACAUUCGCCUACUCCCGGCAUAUAUAUGGGGCGGCCAUCUAGUUGUAUGAAUGGCAAAUAAGAAAAUAGAAUACUCUAAUGUUAAGAAAUUAUACAGAAGAGUAAUGAAAAUGAAGAAUUGACAUGAAGUAAUUCCGAAAUAAUUUUAUGUGGACAAAGAAAAUAAAUUACGAAAUACUGAGAAUUCGGCAAAACCUGAACGCUGUUACUGAAAUCAGUCAUCUUUUCACCGGAUAUUUAGGUGGUUCGCUCCAACUGAAUAUAUUUAACGAAACUAUACUCAGCUCGACAGCUUCGUUUGUUUUGACGUAAUCGACUCUUACGUAGCGUCAUGGCGCUUUGAAUUCUCGUGAAAACAGGUGUUGUAAGUCAUUGUCGAUCGCAAUGUAUGUGAGCUUUGAAUUUUCUGAAAGAGCUAGUGGGAAUGUCUAGGUGCAUUCUACCUGAAGUCAUUCGCAUCUCAAGAAACCUCGAAUUUGUAGUUUCAGGAUUGCGGCAGCUUGAAUUGAAUAAGAGAAAUAAAAUUACUAUUCGAAAUUUGUACUAAGGCGGUAUGCAACUGUAUUGUGAAUUUCAUUCGGAAAUCCGUCCACUAAUAAGAAAAUGUUUGAACAUGAAACGAUUGAUCGUAAGUUUAUCAGUUUGUCUUUUUUAGCUAUUCGAGAUAUGCGUAGUUAAGACAGUUACAACUUUUUGGGUUAUUACUGUAUUGCAUGCAAUCAUCAAAGCAAGGCUUUUAUUACCAUUAAAUGUAAUUUUCCAAACAAAUACGUACAAAGACGACAAAGUUAGGGAUUGACAAAAGUAACAAAAAUGUAUCGUGUCCCUUCUGUCGUUGCUAGUCCUUCGUGUAGAUGAGUCACUCUUCCUGGACUAACUACUGCCCAUCCAACACGUGUAUUGACGAUUGAGCAGUUAUAUCGAUUGUAACGUAUCCCACCUCCCUGUAAAUAAAAGAAAUGAGUUUAAUUCUCUGCUCUAAUAAGCGUUUUACUGCCGUCAAGAAUUACUCACCUUGUAGUCUUUCCCAGGCUGGUUUAGUCCAAUAUUAAUUGUGUAAGAAGAUGCAUCGUGAUGAGGUCUCAAAGAAGGUUGUUCGUCUGGUUUGUAUCUGACGACAAAAUUCAUACGGGCCCAUGGCUACAAUAAUGUACAGACAAAAUCAAUUAUUAUCAGACAUUAGAUGGGUGCAUCAUCUCAUACUGGAGAGUACCUACCUUGUCGUCAUACCCUUGGAAGAGUUUCUUUUGCAUCUUAUGGACGUAUUUUUCUAGAAUAUGCAGCCAGUGCUCCUCCCAACCAAUUUGGCGCAUGUGAAUAUCUCUUGUUGGUACAUUUUCGUAUCCUCCUUCCAAUCGUGGGUCAUAGUUAUCGCCUGUAGACCAUUGUCCAUAGUUUUCUACUUCUUCGAUAAGAUGCUUGCAGAAAGUUUCUGAUACUAAAGGAAACCAAAAUACGUCUGGGCAUGGCUGAUCAAUAUCUGUCAUUGUGAUUUCAGGUUUCGCAAAGUUGAAGUAUUGCGGGUGUAUGUAUUUUUCUUCCCAGUCCUGUUUAAAGUCAAUUUCGUGUUAUUAGGAGAGUGUAGAUACAAUGUUUAUAGUAGUUAUUAAUCACAAUUCCUGACGGUAAUAUAUGCUUACAAAUUGAAACAGUUGUCAUCUUUGUUUAUCUACGCAGUUUAUAACAAUAAUUGUUUGGCUGUUGAUUCUGAUAAUGCGCAGACAGGGCUGCGCUGAUUUCUAUCGGAAUGUUUUUCUUUUGUAGAUCUGUUUUUAGUCCCUUGUUGCUCCUGAAAGUGCUUAUACAUGCAGUCUUGAUUACGAAAAAACUCAUCUACUGAAGCGAAUUCGUGUACUUUAUGUAACUAACAUGUUACUGGUUUUUUUUAUGUAAUCAAACGUCGAAAAUUCAAAUAUAACUUGUGCUAAUG